AUACACUCAAGGUGGAAAUAGUCGUAAUUAUAAACUGUCGAUAUCUUUUUUACCUCUUUUGAAAUUUUAAAUUUUACAACGAAAAAUGGAUCAUAAUUCAUCGGAAAAGCUUCAUGUUUUAGAUCAGAUUGAGAAUCAAAUCUAUCAGAUGAUGCAAUUUGGAACGGCUGCAUUAAAUGAAUUCAGUAAGGAUAAGCCUAGCAUCAAGAAUGUAGAAAGUCAAGUGAGCCAAUUUGUCAAGUUUCUCGAAAUGGUUGAUAAUAAUGUGAGCAAACAGCUACAAUAUUUAUCGCAAGUAAGUACUUUACAACCACAUGAAGGUUCAACUUAUUCGACAAUGAAAAUAAAUCAAUUGGCCAUGCUACGUUUGGAACAUGUUCGAUCUUGUUUAACCGAAUUGGAACAUCUGAAAAAACAGCAUCAAAUACAGCUGCAAAAAUAUCAAAGUUCUAAAACAGCCAAAAUAGAGCCAAAUCAAGAUGAUCCAAUGGACAAUAAAGUAUCAUCACAUCACCAACAACAACAUUCCUAAAUGAAUGAAAUUUGUAAAUAAUGAUUUCGUUAUUUAAAUGAAAAAAUAAAAUA